GUAACGGAGCUCGGGUUUCAUCGCUCUCAUCACAUCAAGACAUCAGGCAAUUUAGAAGCGAUGCUCCAUAUUGCAAUGUUUACACCGUCAGUCUCCUCUUUCUCAUUGGACGCGCCGGAGCUGCAAUGAAGGCAGGGGCCUCGUCCAUGUGGGCUUCAUGCUGUGGUCUGCUGAAUGAAGUCAUGGGUACUGGGGCCGUCAGAGGCCAGCAGCCAGGAUUUGGGGCUGGUGCGGGACCCUUCAGAUUUGCCCCCAGUGCGGGAUACUCCACAUACCCGCCCACCAGCUCAGGGACUCCCAGUCUUGUAUGCAAGGGCUGUGGUCAAGCCUUCUCGGUAUUUAAGAGGAAGUAUAUUUGCUGCGACUGCAAGAAGAGCUUCUGCUCUCUGUGCUCCGUGCUUCAGGAGAAUCUGCGCAUAUGUGCCACAUGUCAUUUGCUAAAAGCUACAGCCUUUCAGCGACCGAGGCUCAUGCGCCUACGAGUCAGGGACCUGCGUCAGUACUUGCUGCUGCGUAACAUCCCCACCGACACCUGCAGGGAAAAAGAAGACCUGGUGGACUUGGUGCUCUGUCACCAAGGCAUUGAGGAAGAGGAGGACCCUGACACGAUCAGCCUCCACUCGCGUUCCCUGUUUACACCGACUCCUUCUACCACGCAGUCGGCCUCAGAGCUGUCUGCGAUUGUCGCCUCUCAGGAGGAGCAGCUCAGCAGGAGUGAUAGCUCUGAUACCAACCAGGAUAUAGGUGAUGCCACAUCUGUGUCUCUCCUCAACUUGGACGCGAAUGAACACACACCUGAGGUCAGUCCUCAGACACGACGUCGCGCCAGAGCUUCUCUCUCAGACCUUUCCAGCUUGAGGGACAUCGAGGGCCUGUCUGUCAGGCAGCUGAAGGAGAUCCUCGCCAGGAACUUUGUCAACUAUUCAGGGUGCUGUGAGAAGUGGGAGCUGGUGGAGCGUGUCAACAGACUGUACAGAGAGACGGAAGAGAACAGAAAAUCAUUGGAAAACGUGAGCACUACUGUCCCAGCAGCAGACGUUGAGAAGGGUCCGCUGACGAUCCACGACGACAACCUCUGCAGGAUCUGCAUGGAUGCUAUGAUUGACUGCGUUCUCUUGGAGUGCGGUCACAUGGUCACCUGCACCAAGUGCGGCAAGAGGAUGAACGAGUGCCCGAUCUGCAGGCAGUACGUCGUGAGGGCCGUGCAUGUCUUCAAGUCCUAAUGCAUCACUGCAAAGCCGCAGCAACUGCCUCGGAGCAGCUGCUCCGACUGAAACUGCACCUUACAUCAACCAUGCAGCUCAUAACCUUUGGAUCCCCAAAAGACUUAUUUUGUGGAUGCUCUUUGUUUGUAUUCCCGACAUUUCUCACAUUAUUUGCACAUUUAAAUAUUAUGACAAAUGUGUUUUUCUUGAGACAUUGUCUUCAUUUUCACCAGUGGGAAGUGCUACGACCCUAUCUGCCUAUCAGUCAACUCUCAAGCUAACAUAUCUCUGAUCUGUGUUCAUUCCUAAGUGUCUGUUUUUGCUUUUCUGGCAUAUUUUUCAAAGCAAAGAAUGUGUGGCACUCAGCCACGUGCAGUCUUUUUAAACACAACUCGUCACCCUCAGAUCUGCCUAUAAACUGUAGCUCAACAGCGUCUCUCUUUACAACUGUCAUACUACAUAUCUUUGUAACACCAAGGACAGACGCAUACCAAACUUCACCACAGGAAAGAAGGACAAGGUGCCAAAUAAUGCCCCCCCCCCCCCCCCACUCACCUCCAACCGGCUGUGUGUGGCAAGUUUUAGCAGAAAAGUAACUUUGUUCGCACUUAUUGUGAUUGCCCCACUGCUCACCCACUGCAAACUGUGUGCAGUAAUAGUGGCUGAGGUAGCACGUGUACUAAUUCUUGAAUAUUUUGAAUAGUGGAAAAAGUGAGUUAGAAAUCGGUUAUUAUUAUUUUAUUUUCAAGUUAAACUGAGUGUUACUCAGCCCGCAAAUGAGCAGGUGCUCUGCCUUUUAUAUAGAUUUAGGAUGAAGUCAAUGCAUUAUUAAUUAUAAUCACUUAUUUUGUUAUAUAAGCGCGUAUUGUAAUGCAUAACACAUUGAAAUGGUCAUACAAAGUCUGUCAUUACAGCAAUAGCUAACCUCCGCUGUCACCUCUGUCUCAGCACUUUAGUUGAGACAAAAUACAAAAAACGGUGCUAACUCGUCCAACCAUCUUCCCUGUUUUCCAGCUGAACUGUGGAUGUGAAACUGAAUGUUUGCUUUUUAUUUUUGUUGUCGUAUAUUGUUGGGAGUGGAAUGAAGUGUCUUAAUGCUUUGUAGUUGAUUUUCUCUUACGUAGGAGUAAUGUAUUGAACUAACUAUUCAAAGAUAUAGCUACGAGUUUACUGACAACUGGUACAGAAGGUAUAUAGAAAUAAUGACUUGCUAAUGUACAUUUGCAUAUAAUGAUCCAUAUGAGAUGUGUAUAUAUAUAUUUUUUCCAUUUGAUUUUAACUGAUAUCGGAUAAUUGAAAUGUCCCUGGGAUUGGGUUAGUUUUAUUAUUAUAGAGUUGCAUUUUCCUGUCAAGUGGUUUGAAAUGUGUUUAAUCUGCAUCGGUUUGCUUGAACUAUAUUUCUUUCUUGAACCAGAGCAUGACCAGAACCUGUAUGACACUGGUAAUGUUAUCCCCCCCCCCCGUCCUCUUUACCUAUAAAACUCAAUCCCCCACACUCCUAAUCCUGUUCAUUUAGAAGUAUCCAGCUCUGUACUGUACCCACACAACAUUGCUGCUAUAGAGUAAAGAUUCCCCCUACAAUCAUGGACAGUAGCGAAAGCAGUUUGCACUUUUAUUUAGAGAGGGUGUAAUUGUGUGCAAGGUUUGGUCUUUGUAUUUGGGAAUGUUGAACUUUUUAUUUUGGUAAUUAAAGAUUUUAAUUAAAGUCUGUGUUUGUGUACUCAUGCAUCAUGAGCAG